ACUGUGUAUGAGUUGAUUCUUUGCCAGUGCUAAUACCAGGGCUUAGCAUUCUAACUAACUUGACAGGCAAUACGUACAUGACUCUGUAGUCUGUACGUAAAGUAUAGCUAGUUCGUCAUUUGCCGGCUUCCUGGGGCUCCAUUGGGCAUACUAGUCGAUUGCAGUGACCGUAGUUGUUGGACGUUGUCUGCUUAUAAUCACAAACACUAGUCUACAGUCAUUGUUCACUGUAACAUUGGCCCUAUUCCAGGGCAAAGACUUACUUUGCAGCCACUGCAACGGUAACAGUCAAACGUGCCUUGUUCCUGUGCAAACAACCUCAGCUGUGCGCGUCCGCUUCCGUUAGAGAGGCGUCCCUCCCUCCAGCCAAAGCAACGAGUGAAUCUCUGGACUGUUCCCACUGAGUAGAUCGGCGAAGGAAGACCGUGAUAAGCCUUGGUGUUACUGGCUACUGUUGGACGCAGUGCUUGGCUGUAUGACACAGGGAGAGUGCCCACACUGAAUGGUGGGAAGGAAUGUCAGUGAUUGUCACCAAAGAGCUGAACAGCAGAGAAACCUCCAUGUAGUCAUUUUGGAAGACGAUACGCCAUCCCUGAAGUGAUCGUACUGGCUUCUCUUGUUGAGACUAUUCCUCCGUCAUAACAGCACCGGCACGCGCCUUCAACGCAGAUUUGCCCGCUCCAUUUUGAAACCGAAAGCGAAACGGCCGAUAACAAUGGGAGCACAUCCAGUAGCAGUUACGACGCUUGUCCUGCGUGCGAUGUCUGUGUUUUGUGGUAUUGCCGUACUGGGCCUGAUCGCCGACAAGGGUCGUUUUCGAUGUGAACUGUGCAUCUUCAAUUCGAGGGACGAGGCAUGUCGCCUGGGUAUGGCCGUGGGAGCGGUGGGUUUCAUUGCCGGAACGAUCUUGCUGGUGCUAGAUACUCUGGUCAUACUGGCUGAUGAAGUGUUGGAGGAGCGAGCUAGUUUCAGUCCCUUCAUGCAGCGUGCCAUAGACACGCUGACAUCAACUGCCAUGGCUGUAAUCUGGAUCGCCUGCUUUGCUGUGCUGCUCCGCGAAUGGGAAAGCAGGCCGUUUCUCAUGCGUCGUGCCAUGGAACGGGGCAUACCACUGAGAGAGAUCGAUGGACAAGCUACACUGGCUCUGUGUUUCAUCAACUUCGGUUUAUGGGCCGCUCUCAGCAUCCUGGCGUUGGUGAGGUGGUGUCAGACACCCCGUGAAGCCAAGAGUAGCCACAGCAGCAGCAAGAGAGCCACGGCUGGGCAAAAGAAGAAGAAGAAGCGCAACAAUGAAGAGGAUGCAGGCCUGCCAUCCGAAGUACAUGCCAACGACAACUGGCAUAUGGCCGCCCAUGGAGAUUUCGGCCCGGCACAGUCUGGGCGAGACCGCACUCCAUCGUAUGGCAACCGCAUCUAUAUGUAACUAUGGCAACCGCAUCUAUAUGCAACUCGGUCCACGCUACUGCCCACUGCGUGUGCGGCUUGUCUCAGUGGCUUAUCCAGAGACUGUGCAAUGCAUGCAGGUAACGAGUUAAGAAUUGUGCUACUGUGAUAUACGCUCUAGUCUAGUCACUACUCCAAAGUAAUAGUAUAGUCGGACACAGUGCCGUGUCACGGGGACUGUGCGUGUCACGGGGACAGUGCCGUGUCACGGGGAUACUAGUAACAUUACUAGUGUAACACCCACACCAGGCUGCUGCUGCUGCAUACUGUGGCUACUAAAUGAAGUGCAUAGCUUCAACUUGAUAUACAACUUGAUAAUGAUGCUUUGCAGUGCACAUAACAAGACUGUGAUAUGACCUUGGAACUCAUCACUGCAGUUCAGUGAAGCCCGGCACAUCUUAACAUUAAAAUACAAUGUCAUGUAGACUGAACACAUGCCACCGGUAACAAUAGAACUAAUGCUCUGCAAUUCAGCUUGGUGCUACCCACCCUUAAUCCUGAUUCUCUUUUUCCUCAGUCGCAGGCACACCAUCCGUGCUGUUGUGGCCUCGACUGCUGUACCAAAAUGCAGAUAGAGGCAAGUGACCACUAA